AUGCGUUUCGCCGUCGCACUCACCACCCUGGUCGCCGUCGCCAUGGCCGUGCCACUCGAAAACGUCAAUGUUACGGGGCUCGCAGAGGGGGAAGUUACCAAGAGGAACGUCAAUGCUACUGGGUUGGCAGAGGAGGAAGUUACCAAGAGGAACGUCAAUGUUACGGGGCUAGCAGAGGAGGUUACCAAGAGGAACGUCAAUGCUACUGGGUUGGCAGAGGAGGAAGUUACCAAGAGGGACGUCAAUACUGCUGAGUACGCAGAUGACGAGGAAGAGGAGGUCGCCAAGAGGGACGUCAAUGCUGCUGAGUUCGCAGAUGACGAGGAAGAGGAGGUCGCCAAGAGGGACGUCAACACUGCUGAGUACGCAGAUGAGGAGGAAGAGGAGGUCACCAAGAGGGACGUCAAUGCUGCUGAGUACGCAGAUGACGAGGAAGAGGAGGUCACCAAGAGGGACGUCAAUGCUGCUGAGCUCGCAGAUGGGGAGGAGGAAGAGUAA